GGUAAAUGCCGCAACCUGUAAACUUUGCGUAAAUUUUAAAUUUGGUAACUUGAAUAGAAGUAGAGGUACGACUCAGUUGGUCCAAAAUAACAAACACUUACUGUGAAUACGCUAUAACUAACUAGUUUGUCAUGUCAAGCAUUCUACUACAGUUUCCACCAGCGCCCAGAAGAAGUCAUAUGACAAUUUUCGAGCAAGAUGGUCAGAUGAAAGAUAUUCCCGAGUCAGUACUCGGACCAGUGGUCACGGUAAAAAAAUUGUUUUAACUUAAACAUUAAGCGCAUUUGAGGUCUACAAAAAAAAGGCUUCAUAAGUAUAACAUUUAUAAAAUCUUUAUCCCUUCUUAUUAUUAUAAAAAAAAAAUGUUUGAUGGUUGCUUUUAAUUUUCAAUACUGCACACACUUAGAUCUAAGUCAGUAAUGACGCCAAAUAAUUAUACAAAUACAAGUUAAAAGUAAAAUAUUAAAGUUAAAGUAAGAUUAAUUUAAUUAGCCUGGCCAAAACCAGGACCAGACCCAGUCCAGUGGGUCUGGAGUCUAGAACCUUUUCAUCCAUUUCAUGGCAGAGAGCCAAAUAUUAAAUUUUUGAUCUUGUUUUGGUUAUCAACCGGAAUGAAAUCCAGACUCCGGGUCCAGACUGUGGGCCACAGUGUGGCAGAAUUAAAUUUUAAAUUUAGACUUUAGACAUGACAUCUUUAUGUACAAAUUCAGCUGUAGUUUUCUUAAUUAUAAAUGUAUUCUAAUGAGUAAUAAACCAUUUUGAAGGUAAAUGAAUUGUCUAUAACUAUAAGACAGAUGUAAAACAUUUGUAAAUUUAAUUGUUGUUAGGAAAUAAUUAAUAUUAAUUGUGAAAUUAGUAAUUACUAUUACUAUUACAACAGAAAAACAAUUUAAAAAAUUUAUAAAUGUGCCAAGUUAUCUAUAAAUUUAGAAACAUUUAAAUCCUUUCAUUUGGUUGUUUCAGAAUAGUAUAUCAUAUCCAAUAAUAAGAAAAAGGCACCAAAGAACACAGAAACGGAAUAAUAUAUAUACUUCCAUUUUCUUAUAUGUCUAUAAUCUAUAGUAACCCUAUUGGUUGUUGCCAUGGUAAACACGUUUUAAAAUUUGGUAACUAGCUUGGAGAUUAUAAGUAAAAAUAAAUUAACAGCUUGUUUUUUUCAACCUUAUGCCGAUAGUCGAUAGCAUGUGUUUCGAAAAUAAACAUCCUGUCGGUAAAUUAAAAUCUGAAACCAAAAUGGGAACUGAAUAAUAUAAAUAUUUGACUUGUUUUAAUACAACACAAACAUUGGCGCUACCAGCGGCUCAUGGCCAUAGCUAAAGAAGCACUUUGGUGCUCCCAGCAGCUCAUGGUAGUUAACCAGUUAUUGAUAAUGAAAAAAAUCUGGUAAUCUACCCUUUCAGUGUUUGCAAUUCAAAAAUUAUGUUUUUUGUGUUUGAAUUGCAGAUUGUCUAGACUAGCCCGAAUUGCUAUUUUACUGGUUAUUAUUUUAUUGAUAAGAUAGAAUUCUUUUUUAGUGAUUCAAAAAUGUUUUUUUUAAAUUGAAAUUCUAUAAAUUCAUUUCAGUACAUAUAUAAUACAAAUAUUCUUAAUAUUUUUAAACUUAAACAGUUUAAUAUAUGAAAAGAAUAUAAUAUGUAAGCAAACAGAGUUUUUGAGUUUAUCAUAGUUUUCCCCUACCCCUAAGAUAAAAAUGAAGGUAAUAAGGGCAACUUUUUACUUGGCAUCACCCUCUGAAUCUUUUUUGAAAAAUUUACUGUGCAUUUUAUUGAAAUGUCUUUCCACAUUGGAUUUCUUACUUUGAUUAAGUUUUUCAUUGCAAAUAAGACAUUGUAAUUGUGGGAGUCUACCAUUAUUUGACAUAAACAAGUAAGUUUCAUUCCUCUCAGUUUUAAAUUCUCAACUUUGAUUCUCUUUAUGCUGACACAGUUCUUUGCAUUUUGCAUGUACAUGCAUAAAGAGUUCCCAACUUUGCACAGCUUGUCUUUCAGUUCCGUCAAGAUUCACAGCUCCUAUUUAGUCUAACCCUCUCUUUUUGCUUCUUAAUUUUUUUCCAUUAUAUUUAAAGAAUAAACAAAGGAAACUGUAUUGAUUACAGUAAAGCUUAAUUUGAGUCAAUUCCAUCUUAUAUCAAUAUUAUUAUUCCGAUGGGAGAUUUUUAAAAAAAGUCAUCAUUAAAUAUAUUUUAGUGGUACAGAUAUCACGGUUGACAGAAGAACUUGAAUGGACUGCGUUGUUUGUUCAUUUUGACAUAAAUAAGUUGUGUCUUUUCUAUGUGUUUCCACUACAUAUUUUUUUUUAACUUAAAAAACAACAACAUAAUUCUCUUAAGUCUAAUCAUUGUAAAAACAAUUUGAAAAUUUAAGAUACAGUUUUAACGUUAAAUAGAUUGAUAUAUAAAUUUUCUUUUUGCAUUUAAAUAAUUAAUAUAUUUUUUAUGAGCAAUAAGCUAACAAAUAUUGUAUACCACCAGAUAGCUAGUAAGGUGAAUUGUAUACAAGUGAAGUCUGCAUAAAUUUGUAAAAUCAUUUCAGAAAAAAUAAUUACUGAUAUUUUGUCAUUGAUAUAAUGAAAGAAAUUACUCAUAAGCUGAUAUAGUUAUAGUGAACUAAUUAAUUGAACUAGAAAAAAUAUUAAUGAAACAUUGAUUUUAUUAAAACAAUUAAAAAAUCAAAUAAAAUAUUUUGCAGACUCCUGAAUAUCCAGAAAUAUUUGUCCAAACAGAAUCAGCGAGCCAUUUAAAUGUGCGCUAUGAAAGUGCACAACUUGCAUUUUUAUCACAUAAUCAGGCCUCUUGGAAAAGACCAUUGCAUGCAUGGUAAAGUCAGACAUUAAUAUUUAUUUAAAGUGUACAGCAGCUAGUGCAUUAAAAUUGAUUAAGUUUGAGGUGAUUUUUUUUAGCCUUGUUAAAAGUAGUGUAGUUUAUGAAUAAAAACACAUACUCAUAAAAUACAUGAAGCUAGUACAGGGCCUAUCUGUUUUUUUGUCUAAAGAAUUUUAAAAAAAAAUGUGGAUUCUUUUUCAACUGAUUUAGGACAUUACAAUACUUUCACUUUCUUGUCAUAACAAAAGUCAUAAUAUUUAGGUACAAUGGAGGACUGCUUAACAUGUUUGAAGAGUUAUCUCAAGCUAAACCUGAAGGUAGGCCUAAAUAUUACAAAAUUAAUUUGCUCAUCAAUAUUGCACUGAAUUCUUCAAUCCAUAUCUUGAUCAUUUAAUAGCUUUAGUUUAUAAUAGCUUUAGCCUGCCAAAAAUGGCAGCCUUAUGGUGUGAAUUUCCCAUCUAAUAAAGUUACUUGACAAAACAGGCAUUCAUGUAAUGCACUUUAUAUAAGAUUCCCUAUUUAGUGCUCCCCCCUCUCCCGUAUGCCACCGCCCCUGAACUUAAUUAAUAUUCUUAAGUCCCGGCCCCUAUAACACAGAAGAUAUAUUACACCAACUAUUUCCGUAAAACAAAAGAAAAUAUUACGCACAAAAUGCACCUCAAUAUUUUUAAGAACAUCAUUUAGCGCAGUUAUCAGGAAUGUUAUUUUUAUUUUUAUUGAACCUUAGCAUUAGUGACAACAUUAUUACAUAAUUUUACAUAGAAUUAUGUAUGACAUUAAAUUCAUAAUUGACAAAAAGCAAUUUUACUUCCACAUAAUUUUUAAAAAAAUUUAGUUCCAGGUUGGCUUUCAUCAACAUGUAAAGCAGCUUUGUCAGUUCUUGAACUCCUCAAGUCUCUGAGAGUUACUUUAUUUUCUCAACCAGCUGUAAGUGUUUGAUUUAAUUAGUUGAGGCCUCUCCAUAAUUUUUACCAAAAUAAAAAAAAAACUUGUCAUGAUAUAUAUUAUUAAAUCUUUAAGGUUUUUGGUAAUUUUUUUUUUUUAAUACCAAUGAUUUAUUCUAUUUUGCAGCUGUCCAAUGAAGAACUCUUAUUAAAAUACUCUCAUGUUUCCGACUGGUAAGAUGCAAUAAAUUUAAAGAGACUUCCUAUUUUCUUAUUUGAAAAAAAGCGAUGAGCCUAUAUUUUUAUUUUUGUGGUUUAAUUACUACGCAAAAUUAUUCAAUUACAUUUUUAGAUUACUACUUGAUUAUCACAAAUAAAUGAAAUGUAAUACUUAACUUCCAAUUAAAUCUUGCUUCUAAUUUAACCAAAUUCCCCUAAAAAAUUAAUCUUAUUUGAAAUUAUCAGUGUUUAUCUGUUUCAGUGACAUUUGAGUAAAUCUUUUAAUUAACUGCUUUUUAACUAUUUUCAAUAACUUUAUUAUGGUGAAUCUUAGAUAAGAGCAUUAAUAAAAAUAUACAAUUAAUGAUCAGACAUAUUUUGAACUCUAAGAGAAAUAUAAUUGCUAACAAAAAUUCAUCAUUUUUUGCUACUAACUAGUAAAAUGUUUGUAUUCCUAACAGGCACAAAAGUCCUGUUCAAGCCAUCACAUGGCAUCCACAUGUGAUAAAAGUUGCCAUAGCUCUGCGGGAUGAUUCUGUGCACAUAUACUAUUCAGGCACCAGCUUGCAGCCAAUACUGAAACAUAAAUUACAAAAGCAAGUAACAGAUCUGGCCUGGCAGUAAGUACUAAAUAAUAUCUGUCAUAUGUAUCUUUGGGAAAACUAAUAAUCUAAUGCUUAUAUUCCCAACCACUCAUCCUUUCCAAUUUUAAAGCACUUCAAAGACUGUUAGUUUCACCUCUGGGUUUAAUGGGAUUUUGACUCAUCCAGACAUCAACAGCAUGAAUCGUUUUAUGCCCCAAAAAUAAUCUAUACAUAUAAUUCGCCAGCAAAGGCCAAACACCACCACGCAGGCUAUAUAUAGAUACGCCAGAGUGUGAUUAAAUAAUGAGUUCACUAGCGUGCAAAAUAUGAUUCCCGAUAACUACACUAAAUGAUAUAUAUAUUUUUUUAAUAACGCAAUUGCGUUUGUUGCGUAAUAUUUUCUUUUCGGAAAUGAAAUCGUCUAAAUUUAAGGGUUGUGUAAAAAAUAUUCAGUUUAAAAGUGGUUGGGACAUGAGAAUAUUAAUAUAGUUCAUGGGCGUGAAAUAAAAAGUGUGCACUGACUUAUCAUGGGGGAAGGGGUGUAGCAAAUAUUGGGAUUCUUAAAUGUGUAUUACUUGAGUUCGUGAUUUGUCAAGUAACUUUACUAGAUGGGAAGUUCACGCAAUGUUUGGCAGGCUCUAUCUAGUAAUAAUUAUUAUUAUUAUUUACUUGUCUGUUCCCGUAAUUUGUUUCGUAUGUGUUUCUUUUUUAAAAAAACUUCAUAAUAAAAAAAAUUGCUGCUUUUAUGAAAAAAUUGGUGAUAGGAUGUUUACCCCAACUUCUUAUUAGUUAUUUUUAACAUUUUGUCUCCCUCAUCCUACCCUGCCUUUUAGCCUCUCCCUGCACUUCUCCUCCUAAUGCCCUAUUUUACCCAUCCACCUUCUUAGCCCCUAUAUUCUCCCACCUAUACUCCUAUUAUCCCCCAUUCUCAACAGUCCUAUCUUUCCAACUCUAGAGCAAUGUACUCUUAUCACACCCCUUGUCCAUGCACAUACCCACAGCCACCACAAGCUGCAUUCCCUUGGACCCACCUCUUCCCAAACCCCAACAUCUUCUCCUACUUUUACAUUCCCUUACCUAUACCCCUUUUUCACCCCAGCCCUCUACCAGCUACCAUCAUGCCCUUUUUCCAAAUCAAAGAUAAGUGAAUAAUUUAUAAUGCUUGCAUUAAACACUGUUGUUCCUAUUUAUAAUCAAAUCUAUUCAUAAACAAAGUUUAUAGCCUUUGUUUUAUUUUAAUGUUUAGGCCUCUGUCUUCAUCAGUACUUGCUGUUGCUUGUCAAACAUGUAUUCUAAUAUGGAAUGUAGAGCCCACAUCUCUAGCUGUCAGGUAAUUUAGACCAAGCUUUUGAAAAAAAAGAUUUUUAAAAUAAGAAUGUUAUAAUUAUUAAAAAAAAAUUAUAAAAAAAAAAUCUUCACAUGUUUUUAGAGAUAAUAUUUAUUACUUAACUAUCUAUCCUAUUGCUAAAAGUACCAUUUUUUAAAGAUUUAUGUUAAGAUUCUUACAUUUUUAAAGAACUGUUAUUAUUUGAUAAUUAUUAUAAGGAGCUCCUUCUGAAAUGUGUCACACUUUCGUGGCUGAGAAAUUGUUAAAAAUUCAUGUAACCUUAUAAAUAUGUCUUUUGGAACAGGCCAUCUGCUAGUACUGUCCAGAUUCUUCAAUACAGUUCACACUCUCCUGUCACAAGUCUUUCUUGGAGUCCAUUUGGGGAUCAUCUGAUCUCAGCCUGUCCCAAACAAGCUUCAAUACUUGUAAGUCAACAAGAUUAACAACAUUUUUUAAAUUAAAUUCCAUAUUUUAAAAAAAGAUUAAAUCAGAGAAACAAAACUGGAAUGCUAAGAGCAUGUGCAUUCUGCUUCCAGGUCUGGGAUGUGCCCAAAGAAACCUAUGUCUCAUUAAAAAGAAGUGGAGGUGGUGGAAUCUCUUACUUAUCAUAUUCUCCUGAUGGAUCAAAGUUAUUCACUGCUUCCACAUCACCAAUUUUCAGGUAAGUUUCAAGGAGGGUCAAAUUAUCAUUCAGUUUUUAAAUUAAUGGAUUAAAUUAAAUGACAUUUGUAAAAAUAAGCAAAAUCAUUCUUUUUAAAUAUUUAUAUCAUCAGAUUUUUUUUUCCUCAAGAGAAAUACUUAUAACACAAAUUUAGUGAUCCACUAUGCUGAUAACCUUGUUUAAAUUUCUUUGAAAUCAGUCCAAGUCAUGUGUAGAAUGUAACUAUACUUUUAAUAUUUAAUGUGAUAAAAUAUUUUACAUUAUAAAAAGAUGAAAGUAAAUGUAUUUAUCAAACUAAUGGAAAAAAUAGCACUUGAGGAAGCUGUUCCUAGGCAACUGUUUUGUCCAAGCUGCUUUGUGAAUUAGUCGCAAGGUAGAAAUCCACUGUAGAAAUCCCUGUUGGAGGGCGUCUGAUGCUUCCCUGGGAUGGGAGGGGGAAGAUUUAGGAUGUAAAUACACCAUCCCGACUCCUGAGAAAGUCGACUGCUGACUCUGUGAGAGUAGAGUUCUUGGGCUAGUAUGGUCUCCAUUGGUUUCCUGAUUGAGUGGGUGCUGUUGGGGGCUGUCCUGGCAAAGGCAAAUCUCCAACCUGCCGCUCCGUGACCGAUAUACAGGCUUAGGGGGUGGGAUUUGGGGUAGGGCAUAAAGAGCUAGGUAUAAAAACUUGACGGCUUGCUGACGCCAUUUCCUAAGGUACCAUUUCAAUGGAAAAACCCAACUCAUUUAUUGUUUUGUUAAUUUCAGAGUUUGGGAAUCAAAAAACUGGAACUGGGAGAACUGGGCUAAUUUAUCAGGACAUUGUACUGUAAGUUUUAAAUCCUAAAUAAACAUACAUUUUAAAAGACUUUAUUAGUCUUUAUAGAUGAACUUUCUCUUCAUUUAUUCAUUUAAUGAAAAUAUCAAUAUCUUUGUGACUUUUCUUAACCUUUCCAAAAUAACAUUUCCCCAAAGAAAAAGUUUAAUUCAAAAUAUUGUUAUUUAAAAAAAAGAUGCUAAAAUGUAUAUUAAAAAACGACUUUAAUUUGUUGCUUCCUUUUUUUCAGGAAAUACAUCUGAGCAAUACAUUUAAUUUUCAUGGCAUGUUUCAUGAAAUUGUUAAGAAAUCUUGUUAUGUUUUCUCAGACUGCAUGUUGGAGCCCUGAUAGUACAGUUUUAAUAUUUGCGAUGGAAAAAGAACCUUCUUUGUUUGGUGUGAGGUUUGUUGAAAGUGGAAGGGGAAAUGCUUUAAGCGCAGUGAAUACUUCAGUACUGCUUGCAGAUGUUUCCCAAGUCAGCCUUUCUAGUGGAUUGAGUGAAGAUGUCAGGUAGUGUUUUUAUUCUUGAAUGUUCUUGAUAAUAUGGUAUUACAGAAUUUUUAGAGGUAACCAUGUCAUAAUUUCCCCAUUUCUAUGAAAUCUUUAAUGACCAGCUGGUAAAAUAAGGAAUAAAAGCACACUGCAUGCACAGAGACUUGCAAUAUCUGUCCUUGUACAAAUUUGGGGAAAGUAUUUAAAAUGUCCAAGACUUUCAUUUAAAACAUCUAGAUUUACAUCUAACAUUACAUAAUGAUGUAACCAAAAAAAAGAUAUUAAACAUCCACCCUGGCAACUAUCAUGUAUAUGUGUACUAUUUACAAAUAAAUAUAGAUAUAUAUAUAUAAGUUAUCUUUAAAAGUGAAAAAAGAUACAGCCAAUCUUAAAUAAUGACCCCUAAAAAUGCCAGUUAGUGCCCAGGAAUCAAUAAUAAUCAUUGAUAGAGAACCUGAGGUAAAUUAAGAGGUUAAUGGUCUAUAAGUUUAUUUAAGAAGGAAAUAAGGAAAUAGCAGCAAACAAAAAGUUCAAAUUAUGUAAUUAAAACAUAAGAGGAGCCCGCAAAAAAAAAUUUUUUUUUUAAAUACCAUUUUCAUUUUGUUAUUUUUAUUACUGAAUUUUGUUUUGAUAAUGCCCAUAAUUUAGUGUCCAUGAAUAAAUUGUUUAAAGUUUUACAUGCAUAUCAUUUCAAAUAAUAUAAUUUACAAAGUUAUUAGCUGUCUGAUAUAGCAUUUUAAAAUGCUAGUGUGGCCCUCUAAAACAGUGGUCCCCAAAUGGCGGUCCAUGGACCUUCACCGGUCCGCAUGCCUAACGUUGCUUGUCCCCAUAACAUAAAUAUUUAUUCUCAAUUAGAAAUAAAAGUAUAAAAAUAAAUCAUGCACCGGUCCCUGGUAAAAUUUCGAAACUUGUUCACCGGUCCACCAAACUUAAAUGUUUGGGAACCACUGCUCUAAAAUACAAUUUGUUGUUAAUAUCAAAUUUAAAAAAAAAUGCAAUUUAUUUGCAAAUAUAUUGUAUGCAUUACAUGAACCAAACAUGCAUUAUAUGUUACACAUAAAUAGACAUAUUAUGUAACUCUACAGUUCUUGUUUAAUUAUUGUUAUUUUAGAGUUGGUGGUCAAGUGAAAUCGAUAGUCUGGGAUGAGACAGGAGAAAGAGUCGCUGUUAUGUUUCAACGUAAGUAUAGCAAGUGUUUUUUUUAUGUGUAUGUGUUUAUAAGGCACUUUACUUUUAUCUGAUUCCUAUAUUACUGUUCGUUCACGAGAACAUGUGCAAUUUGGACAUUACUGGUUUAGUUUAAUAUAUAAGAUGUAUAAUUAUAAUACGCUUUGCGUACUUUAAAUAAUAUUAAAGUUAAGGACUUCUGAGUUAUUAACUAAAAAUAUUUCUUUAAAAUAUGUUACAGCCAAGAAUAAUCUUCUAAAUUUUCUAAUAUUGCAUAGUAGAAAUGUGUUUAAAAUUAAUUACACUUAUUAUAUAUAUAUAUAUAUAUAUAUAUAUAUAUAUAUAUAUAUAUAUAAUAUGUGUAAAUCUUCUGUAAGAGCCAUGAAAUGCUGUCAUUGUUUCUGUUAUAAAGAACAUUUCAAAGGGGAUGUAUAGCAGUGGCACCUAAAAAAAUAUUUUUAUAUUUUAUAUUAUAAUAUAUAAUAUAUAUGUGUAUAAAAUUAAAUAUAUUUUAUAUAUAUAUAUAUAUAUAUAUAUAUAUAUAUAUAUAUAUAUAUAAUAAGUGUAAAUCUUCAGUAAGGGCCAUGAAAUGCUGGCAUUGUUCCUGUUAUAAGGAACAUUUCAAAGGGGAUGUAUAGCAGUGGCACCUAACUGCUUGCUUCUUUAAAUUGUAAGACAGAAUGUAAGGUGAAUUUUCAUUAUCUGUUCAGCUAAUGACUUGGGAAACAACCAUCUAGUUGCUGUAUUCAAGUCAACAAUUCACCCAGUCUUGGAACUUGUACCAGGGUGAGUUUUAAUUUUUUUGUAUGCUUUGAUCUAGAUUGGGAGGCAUAGGUUACUUUGAAUUUAUUUAUACAUUUUUAAAUAUACCUAUCUGAAAUGUUUAGUUUAAUUUUUUUAUUUUAAAUAAUAAUGUCAUCUAAAACUAAUAACUUCUAAAUAAUAUUUAACCUCCUGGUAGGAAUUUUUAUCCAAAAAAAAUAUGUAUUUUAAAAAUAUCACACUAUCCAGUUUCCAUGACACAGAAUGAUUUAAUCAAAUAUUUGAUAAUUAAUUAUUACUGAUAUUAUUUUCAGUGGCUUUGUGAAAGGCAGAUCAGGAGAAUCUGCACACCAUAUUGCUUUUCUUCCUGGGUUUCAGAAUGGAGCCUUGCUUAGUAUAGUAUGUUAAUCUUUUUUCUUUCCUCACCAAAGAAUGAAAAGGACCUAUUUGGGCUUCCUACAAGCAUAGCUCUUUAUAUAACUAGCUUAUGUAUUCAUAUCAUCCAUUACUCCAUUCCAAACAUUCUGAGGACAAAGUAACGAUGUGAUAAUUUUGUGAAAGGUUAAUUUUUUUAUUACUCUUAUUAUAAUGCUUUCUCUUUAAUUUAUUAUAAACUAAACUCUGUACUCUCCAGGUCUGGUCAUCAGGGCGUGUAGGCUAUGUGCCCAUGUUCUUUUUGCCUGCCCAGCAAAUCCAGCACUAUAACACAAUUGGUUUUGGACCUUUCUCAUCAGUUCUUUCACCAAAAGACAGCAUGUUCAGGAAAUAGACCAUGACUAACAAUUGAUGAACAAUUAAAAAGCUAAAUUCAAUAGGAUUUGUCAUGGAAAAAUCUGCAUGUCCAUUGGUCAACAUGAUCUUAUUUAUUUAUUAAUAUAAUACUAAUGUAAUAGUAUAUAACUCAUAAUGUUUUGAGUACAUUUUAACAGGCUGUAUGUAAAGAAAAAAAAACUGCAGAUUGAUUUUUUAAUGAGAUUUUUAGAAUUUUACUUUAAAAAAUUAGCAAUUAGGUUGUUCAACAAUAUUUGUUGUUCCAUUACAGCUUGACCUUGAACCCAGUAAAGUAAAAAUUAAAUGAAUACAAAAUGUCUGGUACCAUACUUUAAAAUUAAUGUUUUGUUUACAUUGAGGAUUUUUAUCCUGAGUAUGCCUUCUUGCCAUUGCCUCUUGUAACAUUAUUAGUUAAACUUGUUUAAGAAAAAAUCUUGAAUUUAUAAAUUUAAUGACAAUGCUUUAUUACAGUAGACAGGUAUUUUAAGGUAUGAGAUAUAUGCCAUACAGCACUUCAAACAUUUUGAUGUUAUACUUUACUUCUUGCAUCACCAAAGUAGCACUAAUGCUCAUACACUUAUAAAAUUUAUACAGUGGAACAUUUAUAUGGAAGAUUUUCUGCUUUCAACUAUUUAGGCUGAUAAUGUCAAUAAAUAAUUGAGGUCAGGUAAACAUUUUUGUGUGUAAUCAUUUUUGAAAUGACUUUGUGUGAUUUAUUUUAUUCAGAUUACAGGUCAGAUGAAAGAAUUAUUUGUCUCAGCACCAGACUUGAUUAACUAUAGUAAAGUAAGGGAGAGUACUGAAAGAAAUACUGAAAAAGAAUAAUUGCAUGAACAUUCUUGCAGAUUUUGAAAAUUAAUGGGGUAAAGAGAGGCUCUGAAAACAGGUAGAUCUGCACCUAAAAAGAGGGAAUCAUGGUUGUGCUAGCUACUAAAUAAAAGGGCUUCAUUACUGUCACAUUAGGACUAGCAAGCUGGGACUCUUCAUUGUUCAAUGUUGGAACUAUGCUGCACGCAACACUUCCACUUCGGAUCACUUCCAGUAUCUUUAAUUAUGAUAUACAUUGAGGACACAAAAGCCAGCAUUGUGUUUGUACUUUAUUUGAAAAUUUUUUAUGGUCAUCAUAAUUAGUACUUUUUUUCUUAAUUUAAGUUAAUAAAAAGGUUUGUUUAAGCUUGAAAAGAAAAGACAGAAUUAGUGUAACAAGAUAAAUUGUGUUUUAAAAAAAACUGCAAUAAUGUCAAUGUAUCUACAUUAAAAUAUUGAGAUUUUUUAAAACAAAUUUAUAUUUUUAAUUUAAAGUAUUAAUUUGUAUUGUGUGCUGAAGAAGGCUUCUAGUCAAAAUGUCUUUCUGUCUUUUCUUUUCAAGCCUUAACAUAUCAUGUUCCACUUUUUAUUUACCCCGAGGAAUUGAUUUAUGUUAACUUUGAGGUAUUAAUUUUAAAUAUUUUACAAUAUGUUUUAUAAACUCUCCAUAAAUUGCUUUGGCAUGAACAAAGCUGAAAUAUGAUGGGGGUUUUUUUCCAAAAGAAAAACCUUUUUGCUGUGAAAUGUCUAAGAAUACAGCAUACAACUAUAACUUGGAUUAAUUUUAAAUUUACAAUAAUUUAAAUUAACAUCUUAUAAUUUUAAAAAAAAUGGUCAUACAUGAUCAGGAAUUUGUACUGGAGAUAUAAUUUCUUAGCUUGGUGUGAAUACCAAAAUGCCAUAUAUUUUGCACAUGGCAUUUAAUGAAAUCAGCAGUAAUUCUGUGUAAAGAUUUACUAAAAAAUAAAAUUUGAAAAGAUAAAAUAGAAAGAUACAAAUAAUAUAAAUUCUGACAUUUUAACAAAGA